AUGAACCAAGGAGUCAAAAUCUUCUGCUACCUCCUGGCCUGUAUGCUGAUUUUCACCUUGGCAACGGCGGAUGUGACUGAAGAACCAGGAACUGACGUUAAAGAGACUACUCUUGGAGCCUCAUCGGAGUAUCAAUCCACGGAACCCAUCACUACUACGACUACGGGGAGCGGUGGUAUAUUUGGCUCACUUAUAAGUAUAUUUGGAAGUAUUUUUGGAGGCCCAGCUGAGACGAAAACCACGCCCGCCCCAACGCCCUCAACAGGAGCAACCGCAUCCCCAGCUGCUUAA